AUGUCGUCGUCUAUUCCUAGUGAGUACUCGGCCGAUGAAUCCGGCUAUAUUACCAUCCGACCUGGAAGAAACCCGUCAAUCGAUAAAGUGGAGGAUUUGUAUGAGCAUGAGGAGACUGCGAAUAGUGAGACCCCCGCAUUAUCACCUGCUUCGACACUUCAAGGUCCGAGGGUUAGAGUCACAGCUAGGAAGAGUGUUGCACUCCCAAGCCUCCAACACGCUCGAUUGCAAGGUCUUAGUUCUGGCUCCUUUCGAUUCAUACCUCCACCUCCCGAUUCUUCUUCAAUUCACUGCCGUAAUCCGAUAUUGAUUAGGUCUUUUUGUGGGUUUGAUAAGUUCAGACCCGUCUCUCCAAAUUAUUCAACUGUUCGUAAUCGAUUUCCGAUAGUUACAGGCAAGGACAAAUCAGUUGUUUUGUGGAGUAUUCAUGAUCAUAUCUCUACAUUGGCAACAGAACCAGGGCUAACGAAGUCUCCAGGAGCUAGUGGUGGUAAGAACCUGAAGACUGGUGGGGAUGACGAUAAACGUACUGAGAGCCCUGUUAUUCAAGCAAGAGGGGUCUUCCAAGGGCAUGACGAUACCGUUGAAGAUGUACAUUUCAGUCCCUCUAGCGCACAAGAAUUCUGUAGUGUUGGUGAUGAUUCCUGUCUUAUCCUAUGGGAUGCAAGAAUUGGCUCUUCUCCUGCUGUCAAGGUUGAGAAAGCACACAAUGCUGAUCUUCACUGUGUUGAUUGGAAUUCACUUGAUGAAAAUCUCAUAUUGACAGGGUCAGCUGAUAACACUGUUCGCUUGUUUGAUCGUCGGAAUCUCACUGCCAAUGGGGUUGGAUCACCAAUCCACAUAUUUGAGAAUCAUAGUGCUGCUGUCCUUUGUGUACAGGUAUAUCAUUUUUGUGGCUGUUGA